AUGGCUAGUGAGGAGAGUUUCCUAGUUCUGGUACAUUACAGAGGGUCGAUUAAGAGAAAAACUCGGUCCGGCGUGAAGUUCACUGAUAAGGAUUCCCUAUGUAUUAUCGUGACGCCGACAACCACGUACGAUGCUCUUGUUAGCUCUGUGCUGGAGAAGCUUGGUCUUGAAGGAGUUAAAAGGGUCAAGAAGUUUUUCUACCGCAUUCCAACAGCGGUGCUCCAUGACACCGUGAAGUUUGAUUGUUUCACAAUCGGUAGUGACGAGGACUUGCAGGUUAUGUUUCUUUCUCGUAGGCAGUUUCCCGAGGUAAGGACACCAGAGCUGUUGGCAAAGUUGGUUGAUGUGGUAUCUAGCUCGGGUGGUUCGAACCGGAAUGCUAAUACUAUAGCCGCGGUUGCCGGCUUGAGCUCGAGACCUGCUGUUGCUUCAUCCUCUGCUCCUGUGUAUGAGCCACCGAUGCAGCCUGUUGCGUCCCCUUCGUUUGCCGUUGAUCUGAGCGGCAAUGUUGGAGACGAGGUUCGGUAUGGGGAACAUAUUCCCACCGAGGUACAUUGUCCCACACCGGCUGGUGUUGGUGAUGGUUUGUUUGAUGAUCCAGAUGACGAUGACGUUGAGCCGGAUAUGAUCGCUGAUGAAAGCGGCGAUGAUGUUGGAACAACUGUUCCGACAAGGGCUACAGGUGGAUCUAGUUCUGGCACACAGCAGUAUCCACCCCAUUUUUCCUCAUUGGACCUGGAUGCCAUGCGGCAGGACGAAAAUGCUCUGCAGCCCUCAGGAUUUGGCGCUAGAGAGAUCGAGGGGUCUGCCGGUAUGAACGAGUUCCAAGUUGGCCAACAAUUUCAGGAUAAAGAUGAGGCGCUGUUGAGUGUGAAGACGUACAGUAUCCGCCGAGGGGUCCAGUACAAGGUCGUUGAGUCUGACUACCGCAGGUAUGUGGGAAAGUGUUCUGAGUUUGGGAAUGGGUGCACAUGGCUAAUUCGGUUGAGUCUCCGACAGCGGAAGGGUAUCUGGGAAGUGAAGCGACCGCAUACAUGUCUUGCCAGCUCCAUCUCCAGCGAUCAUAGGAAUCUGGACUACCAUGUCAUAUCCACCUUCAUUAUGCCGAUGGUUAGGGCUGAUGCAGCUGUGAACAUCAAGGUGCUUCAAAAUACCACGGCCGCACACUUUGGGUUCAGGCCUACGUACAGGAGGGUAUGGAUGGCGAAGCAGAAGGCCGUUGCCGUCAUAUAUGGGGACUGGGACGAGUCGUACAAUGAGCUCCCUAGGUGGGUUCUAGGAGUUCAGCUGACGAUGCCUGGCACUGUAGCCGUCCUCAGGACUUGCCCUGUUCGAGUUGGGGGACAGGUCGACGAGUCUCAGGUUUGUUUUCAUAGGCUGUUCUGGACUUUCCCCCCUUGUAUCCAGGCAUUCCGUCAUUGCAAGCCUUUGGUGAGUAUUGAUGGCACCCAUCUAUAUGGGAAGUAUGGGGGAACACUUCUAGUCGCCAUUGCACAGGACGGAAACUCGAACAUCCUCCCCGUGGCAUUUGCACUAGUUGAGGGUGAGAAUGCUGAGUCAUGGUCUUUCUUUCUUUCCCACCUCCGUGAGCACGUGACACCCCAGCCGGGUCUGUUAGUUAUUUCAGAUAGGCAUAACGGCAUCAAGGCAGCCCUCGAAGCUCCGGAAGGGGGAUGGCUACCCCCUGCUGCGUAUCGGGCGUUCUGCAUUCGACACGUUGCAGCGAAUUUUGCCUUGACGUUCAAGGGAAAAGAUGCCCGGAGGCUUCUUGUUAACGCCGCAUAUGCCAAGACCGAGGUUGAGUUUGACUACUGGUUUGACAUUCUGCGCUCUGAGAAUCCGGCAAUGUGUGACUGGGCGAACCGAAUCGAGUAUUCGUUGUGGACACAGUACUGUGAUGAGGGUCGGAGAUUCGGCCACAUGAUGACCAAUAUUUCGGAAUGUGUCAACUCAAUCCUGAAGGGGGUUAGAAACCUCCCUGUUUGCUCGCUGGUGAAGGCCACAUACGGAAGGCUAGCUGAGCUAUUUGUCCGUAAGGGUAGGGAGGCCGAGGCUCAGAUGGCCAGGCACUUCACAGUGACUGUUUACGACAGGGAUAACUCGGAGUACACCGUUGCUGAGACGACUCCGACAGGUUCAUUCUCUCUUGGUACGUACAGGGUCUCAUUAGGGUCUAAGACUUGUGAUUGUGGAUACUUCCAAGCACUUCAUUUUCCCUGUUCGCACGCACUGGCAUGCUGUGCUUAUUCACGGCUUACAUGGCAGUCUUACGUCCACGAGGUAUAUCGCCUUAGUUCCGUAUUCGGUGUCUAUCAGCUGGGAUUUACCCCUCCGAUUCCAGAGGGUUUCUGGCCACCUUAUGCCGGGCCUACCGUUAUACCGGAUCCGAGUAUGAGGCGUGCGAGGGAGGGUCGUCCUCGAUCCACAAGAAUUCGCACCAACAUGGAUGAAGCAAAUCCGAACCGGCCAAAGAGAUGUGGCCUCUGCAGGCAGCCAGGUCACACCAGGCGUAGUUGUCCACAAGCCUCAGGCCCCAGCGGGACUGCUAGAAAUCAGUAG